AUGGCGCCGGACCCUAAACUCGAGCUGAGCCAGCAUGUCCCCUGGAGUGAGCCCGCCUGGUAUUCUUCACUGCGAUCUCCAUACUACAACGAGAGCCAUCGCCGCCUACGGGACAAUAUACGCAAAUACGUAGAUGAAAACGUGUUGCCGUACGCUUUCGAAUGGGAAGAAAAGGGAGAAGCACCAGUCGAGGCCUCCAAGGCUUGGCUGAAAUCCGGAAUCGGUCUGGAUGAUGUUCCUGUUCAGUAUCGACCAGCCAGUGUGCCCAGCUUGUCCGGAUUGCCCCCGGGCCAGCUUGAUGCAUUCCACAUGCUCAUCAUUGCGGACGAGACGUCGAGGAUCGAAGGCGGCGUGAACAUUGCCCUAGGAGGAGCGUCGUCCAUUGGCGCACCGCCCGUUAUCCAUUUCGGAACAGAAGAGCAAAAGUCCAAGUGGCUACCGGGGCUAUUUACCAAAGAAACAAGCUUUUGUCUCGGCAUCACAGAGCCAUCAGGCGGCUCUGAUGUUGCGCAGCUGAGAACCACGGCGGAAAAGACGGCCGAUGGCAAGUUUUACAUUGUCAAUGGCGUCAAGAAAUGGAUUACUGGCUCGCCCUGGGCCAGCCACAUGACGACUGCCGUGAGAACCGGCGGCGAAGGCGCGCAGGGCAUAUCCGUCAUUGUCAUCCCUAUGGAUCUGCCGGGCAUCACCGUUGACAAGAUCCAAAACAGCGGACAGAAUGCCGGCGGUGCCUCCUUUGUCGACCUGGACAAUGUCAAGGUCCCUGCCGAGAACCUGCUCGGCAAAGAAAAUCAGGGCUUCCCCAUGAUUAUGCGCAACUUCAACCGCGAGCGCUUCCUCCUCGCCGUGCAAUGCAACCGCAAGAGCCGCACGUGCCUGGCGCUGGCCUUUCAGUACGCCCUACAGAGGGAAACCUUUGGCAAGCCCCUGAUGCAGUACCAAGUCAUCCGGCGCAAGCUGACCGAGGUUGCGCAUCGAGUCGAGGCGCACUGGGCAUGGAUGGAGCAGCUCGCAUACCACAUUGGAACGUCGCCGCAGGGCUGGCAGAGCCCAGACGUCGCGGGUCGGCUUGCUCUGCUGAAAGUGCAAGGCGGCCAGAUGGUGGAGCUCGCCGCCCGCGAAGCGCAGCAAAUCUUUGGCGGUGCUGGAUAUCAGAGGAGCGGACCGGGAGCUACCGUGGAGCAAAUCAGUCGCGACUUGCGCAUGCUGGUUGUUGGCGGCGGCAGCGAAGAAAUCAUGGCUGAUUUGGCUAUGCGACAGGAACUCAUGAUGGCAAAGGCAAAGCUUAAACUAUAA